AGGGCUCUGCUCUCCACGGAAGUCUGGACUUCCUUUUCCCGCUCUUUCCCCCUCCGCCGCAAAAAGAUUGACUCCGAACCUGGAGUUGUUUCGCUGUGCUCAACAGGAGGGUUCACUGCAAGGGCGGUGUGCUGGGACUGAGGUUUGUGGAGCGGCAACCGCUGAUUGGCAGUAAAGGGCUUCACGCCCCAUCGCCUGCUCGAGCAUAACCUAAACAGCCAAUCAGAACGAGGACUGAUGGCAACAAACCAAUCCUGGAGCCGGGCUGAGAGUGGGGGCGGGGACAAGUGGCUCAGGUAGACUCAGGUCUGGAGCUGUGCUGGGGCGGUACCUUUGCUGCUGCUACUUCUGCUGCUACUGCUGUGCUGAGAGUGCUCUCGCCAGGCAAAAAGCCCUCUCAGGUUGGAGGGGAGCCAUGAGCCGAUUCCUGAACGUGUUACGAAGCUGGCUGGUGAUGGUGUCCAUCGUAGCCGCAGGGAACUCGCUACAGAGCUUCCGAGACCACACCUUUCUCUAUGAAAAGCUUUAUACCGGCAAGCCAGACCAGGUGAAUGGCCUGCAAGCUCGGACCUAUGGAAUCUGGACGCUGCUCUCAUCAGUGGUUCGCUGCCUCUGCGCCAUCGACAUUCACAACAAAACGCUCUACUACAUCACUCUCUGGACCUUCUUCCUCGCAAUGGGGCACUUCCUCUGUGAGUUGUUUGUAUUUGGGACUGCGGCUCCCACGAUUGGUGUCAUGGCACCCCUCAUGGUAGCAAGUAUCUCGAUCCUGGGUAUGCUAGUGGGGCUCCUGCACCUAGAAGCAGAACCAGGAUCCAGACAGAAGAAGAGAAACUGAGGCCAACAUCACCAUGUCCAAGAUGUCACUUCCCGCCUUCGCUCACCUCUUCCUUCUCUGUGCUCUUCAGUUUCAUUUCUGCUCCAUCAUCCACUUUUAGCCUUUCACAUUUGGGGUUUUUUUUUCUUUAAUUAAAAAAAUUUUAACAUUACGUGCAUACAGAAAGUCAGUGCCAUUGAAAUGUAUGUAAAGAAUCAAAUUCUCCAAGCCAGGCUUCAGCAAUACAUGAACUUCCAGAUGUUCAAGAUGGUUUUAGAAAAGGCAGAGAUCAAAUUGCCAACAUCCACUGGAUCAUCGAAAAAGCAAGAGAGUUCCAGAAAAUCAUCUAUUUCUGCAUUAUUGACUAUGCCAAAGCCUUUGAUUUUGUGGAUCACAAUAAACUGUGGAAAGUUCUGAAAGAGAUAGGAAUACCAUACCACCUGACCUGCCUCUUGAGAAAUCUGUAUGCAGGUCAGGAAGCAACAGUUAGAACUGGACAUAGAACAGCAGACUGGUUCCAAAUAGGAAAAGGAGUAGGUCUAGGCUAUAUAUUGUCACCCUGCUUAUUUAACUUAUAUGCAGAGUACAUCAUGAGAAAUGCUGGGCUGGAAGAAGCACAGGCGGGAAUCAAGAUUGCCGGGAGAAAUAUCAAUAACCUCAGAUAUGCAGAUGACACCACCCUUAUGGCAGAAAGUGAAGAGGAACCAAAGAGCGUCUUGACCAAAGUGAAAGAGGAGAGUGAAAAAGUUGGCUUAAAGCUCAACAUUCAGAAAAACAAAGAUCAUGGCAUCUGGUCCCAUCACGUCAUGGCAAGUAGAUGGGGAAACAGUGACUGACUUUAUUUUUCUGGGCUCCAAAAUCACUGCAGAUGGUGAUUGCAGCCAUGAAAUUAAAAGACGCUUAAUCCUUGGAAGGAAAGUUUUGACCAACCCAGAUAGCAUAUUAAAAAGCGGAGACAUUACUUUGUAAACAAAGGUCCGUCUAGUUAAGGCUAUUGUUUUUCCAGUAGUCAUGUAUGGAUGUGAGAGUUGGACUAUAAAGAAAGUUGAACGCCGAAGAAUUGAUGCUUUUGAUCUGUGGUGUUGGAGAAGACUCUUGAGAGUCCCUUGGACUGCAAAGAGAUCCAACCAGUCCAUCGUAAAGAAGAUCAUUCCUGGGUGUUCAUUGGAAGGACUGAUGCUGAAGCUGAAACUCCAAUACUUUGGCCACCUGAUGUGAAGAGCUGACUCAUUUGAAAAGACCCUGAUGCUGGGAAAGAUUGAGGGCAGGAGGAGAAGGGGACGACAGAAGAUGAGAUGGCUGGAUGGCAUCAUGGACACAAUGGACAUGGGUUUGGGAAGACUCCGGGAGUUGGUGAUGGACAGGGAAACCUGGCGUGCUGUGGCUCAUGGGGUCACAAAGAGUUGGACAUGACUGAGCCACUGACUGAAAGAAUCAUUUUAGAAUACUGUACAUCUGUCCAAAUCAAGGAACUGCCAGUAUAUCUGAAGUCCACUGUGUGCCCUUCCCCCACCCACAGCCACUUCCAGCACUGCUUUUCCAGCCUUCUCCUUUUUUCAUUUUUUUUUUUAACUGUUGACUUGACUUGUAUGGUUGGAAGAUGCAAACUGUGAAACUUCAAGCUGCUACUUUGCCCAGAGCAUUGCCACCAAGGGCUGCUUUGAGUGGUUGUCCAUCCAGGUUGGGUUUCUCUCUGCUGCCAUACCCAUGAUCCUGAACCAUCCGCGGGACAAGCAGUUCUUCUAAGAAGGGCUCCCCGGCCAUUGAGCAUGACCCCUUGCGCCUACAGGUGGAUCAGGGUUGGAAGGGUCUGGGCUAUUUUUAGACCUUCCAGUUACCUGUAUUUGUCUAAUGAGACUUGUAAUAAAUAGAGGAACCUUCUGCUCUGAUCAGUCCUGGUACUUUGGCCUCCCCUAAGCCCAGAGGGCUCCUGCCCUCCUCUGAGGCCUAGCAGAGGAAGAUCCCAGCUUUCUGCGGGUCAAAUACGCCAUAAUGAGUGGGACAGCACAAGACCCAGGCAACCCUGGCUGCCUUUAGUCUCUUGUUCAUUUCUCAUGAAGUCAAAUCUUCCUCAUCUCUAUCCCCACCUUCCAAAUUCUGAGCACACAGCUGAACAGCCAGAACCCUCUCUUGUUUCCUUUGCAAAGAAGCAGCAGGUUCUUGAGAAAGCAGAACCAGACAACAUGGAAGACACAGCUGCAUGAGCAUGAAGAGAGCCUGGGGCCCAAGGACAAGGCCCUGGAGCAGACGGCUGCCAUCCAGACACAGCCCUGAGCACCUCCACACUGGCCGGACCCUCACACACAGUGUGCAGAGGCGAGAACCCAUUCGCUACUUCAGCGAGUGUUUAUUGAACACUUACUCCAUGCCGGACACUUGGGAAGGAAAAAUGAAUGAGCCAGGCAAUGUCCCUGUAGUCAAGAAACAGACUGUCAACAAGCCCACACCUGGAAGAACACUCCAGGCAGUGAUGAGAACUCUAGAUAACCAGGUACUGUGAUUCGGAAGGGGAGGGAGUGCACAACAUAGAUCACUGGGAAAAGCCUCUCUGAGGAGGUGGGAUCCGAGUUGAAUCACAGAGCUCGUGUGUCUUAAUAUGUGAGGCAGUGUUUAGGGCAGAUGGAGCAGCACUUAGUCUUGUUGGAGGACUAAGCUCACUAACUGCAGAUGGGGACGUUCGGAAGUGAAAGGCAGGAGAUGGGAAGGGAGCAGGGGCUUGUGAAGGGCAUUCUCAAUCAGCUAAGGCUCUUUAGGUGAAAGGAACAAAAUCUUCCUUAAACAAGCUGAAGCAAUAACGAUGACAUUGGCUGACGAAACUGGAAAGAGGAUUGUGGGCUUCAGGAAUGGUUUGACCAGGAUUCAGCUCCAUUUCUCUGGCGUUCUUUUGACUCCGCCCUCCUGUGCUGGCUUCAUCCACAGGCUGGCUUCCUUCAUGGUACCAAAAGUGGCUGUAGCAAUUCCAGGCCUCAUGUCCCCACCUAGAAAAAUAGAUCCGUGGUAUCUGGCUGAUACUCUGGCUAUUAGGUUUCUCUAACAGCCCAGGCUUGGCUCCCUUCCCAGGUGAUUUAAAGUGGAAUCCUAGUGUUGUUUGUCCGCCUAAGGAUUGCUGGAAGAUAGGGUGUCAGAGUGCCCCAGACACAGUCAGCUCGCUAGAGAAGAAAUGUCCAGGAAAGUGAUGACUUCAGCCCAUUCUUGUAAUGCCCAUAAGGUAAAUGCAUUACGAAGGGAAGAGUGACAGGGAGGGGAACAAUCCAGAACUGCAGAAAACAAAACUGGAUUCCGGCCCAGACAAUCUGCUGCAUGAUUGCUGUGCUUGUAGAACAGACAUUGCAACCACCCUUGGAGAUACAGCCAGAAACCACAGUGGGCUCUUGGCAGCAGGCACACUCAGGUGAACUGUCCUCGUGUGGACGCUAUAUAUGGAAAGCAGUCCCAAUCACGUGUUAGGCCCUGAGUUGCAGUCCCCAAAUAGGCCAGGUGUAACCUCUGCAGCCUCAUCUUAAAAAGAACCCACGAUGGGGGAAAAGACCUAAACAGACAUUUCUCCAAAGAAGACAUACAGAUGUCUAACAAACACAUGAAAAUAUACGCAACCUCACUGAUUAUUAGAGAAAUGCAAAUCAAAACCACAAUGAGAUAUUACCUCACACUGGUCAGAAUGGCCAUCAUUAAGAUGUCUACAAACAAUAAAUGCUGGACAGGGUGUAGAGAAAAGGGAACGCUCUUGCACUGUUGGUGGGAAUGUAAAUUGAUACAGCCACUAUGGAAGACGGUAAGGAGAUUCUUUAGGAAACUAGGAAUAAAAUUACCAUAUGACCCAGCAAUCCCACUUCUAGGCAUAUACCCUGAGGAAGUCAGGGUUGAAAAAGACACAUGUAUCCCAUUGUUCAUUGGAGCACUAUUUACAAUAGCUAGAACAUGGAAGCAGCCUAGAUGUGCAUCAACAGAUGAAUGGAUAAAGAAGUCAUGGUACACAUACAGAGUGGAAUAUUACUCAGCCAUAGAAAGGGACACAUUUGAGUCAGUUCUGAUGAGGUGGACGAACAUAGAACGUAUUAUACAGAGUGAACUGAGUGAGAAAGAGAAAUACCAUAUUCUAAUGCACAUAUAUGGAACCUAGAAAAAUGGUACUGAAGAAUUUAUUUACAGGGCAGCAAUGGAGAAGCAGACAUAGAGAACAGACUUAUGGACAUGGGGAGAGGGGAGGAGCAAGUGAGAUGUAUGGACAGAGUAACUUGGAAACUCACAUUACCGUAUGUAAAAUAGAUAGCCAACGGGAAUUUGCUGUGUGGCUCAGGAAACUCAAAUAGCACCUCUGUGUCAACCUAGAGGGGUGGGAUGGGGCGGGAGAUGGGAGGGAGGUUCAAAAGGGAGGGAUAUAUGUAUACCCAUGGCUGAUCCAUGUUGAGGUUUGACAGAAAACAACAAAGUUCUGUAAAGGAAUUAUCCUCCAAUAAAACUUAAAAAAUAUUAACCCAC